AUGAUUAAACAGGAAGUGUACAUUCAAACAGGAAGCUCGUUGAAUUACUUCCCUUGUUGUCCCGUAUUUCACGGCAGUUGUAAUUUGUUUCGUGCCCCACUGAUCGUUGAAGGCAGGUCAUUCAAAAUGGCUGAGUCAAGUCAGCCAGGCAGUGGUCUGUAUUAUACUCCUUGCUUGCCAGAACCUUCAGCAUCAGUUACUCCUAGUUUUGCCCCUUUCAACCAAACUGGUUUUGUUGUGCAUGAUGUCAAUCCGUUGAGUUACAUUUCAGGCUUUGGCAUGUUGCCAACCAGCUCAGCUGGUGCUUAUGCAGCGUACACACCAUCAGUGAUGGGAAGUCAUUAUAUACCUGCUGCACUUGCAGCAACUGCUCCACCUCCACCUCAAGUUGUCUAUGAUUUUGCUUAUCAACACCAAGAAAUACCCAACAGUGAACCCAAAUCCACAAUGGAUGACAACAAGUUUUACAAUAGAACAAAUGAACCUUCUCAUCAUAAGUCUUUCCAGAAGAGGCCCCCAGAAAGGAAUAAAGGAAUUAGCAAGUAUUUUGCAGGCAGUAGGAAUUCUCAGCCUCUAAAUGUUGCACCUCCUUUGUCCAGUAAAGAAAAUGGUCCCAAAUUCCACCAUGAAUCCAAAAACAGUUUCUAUCAACAAAGGUGGAAUGAUCACGAUCAUUCACAUUCAUCGAACCACCAUCAAAAUUAUUGGGAUCAGGAACAGCGCAAAUAUUCUCCGGGUAUUGCCAAUAACCCCAAGACCAGAAAUUGGAAAGAACCGAUACAGAAGACUCGACAUUAUAACCGAGUUUGGAGGAAUAACCAGCAGAGUAGUAAUACUGUAUCAUCCAGUGAAGCUUCCAAUUCUCAGCGGGACAAUGUGAAGGUUGAUAUGCCAAAAGAAAUGGAUCAUCCGUCAGGGGUUUCUGCAAAAGAUUUAUCAAACCAGAACUUGAAGCAGGUUCCUAGAAAUGAUUAUCAAAAGAAAACAAAUAACUUUGGCAGCGGGCCUCCUCCGCCUGCCUCUCCUGGUCCGCCACCUGCAGUUAGUAACCAUUCUCAGCUGAACUACAGAUCGAAUCCUGAUCAAUUUUCAUCGCACAAUCAAUCUUCCCAGUACAGAAACAGUGAAACAGAAUAUAGGUCGAGGGGUAAAGAUUCUGCUCGAGAUUAUCCUAAACCCUCUGAGGAAUGGUGGGGUAGGUCUCAGCAGAGGAAUAAAUAUAAAUAUGUUUCUCAGGAGAGAGAUUUCACCUCGAAGAAUCAAAAGAAACCAACCAGAGAAAUAAAUGAGAACAAAAAUGCUUCCGUAGCUGAAGCAGUUGCACCUGCCUCAAAUCCUGAUGAUGAAAACCAAAGAGAUUCAUUGAGUGUAUCAAAAAGUGGGCUCUCUCUCCUGCUGCCACUUGCUUCACAGAUAAUAAGAAAGGCUGGCGAUGUCCUGUGUGUCAAAUGGUCAGAAAGAAUAUACCUCAUCAAUAUAGAUGCUUUUGUGUGGAACCACCCUCAACGGAACCACUACGAUACACCUCAUUGCUGUGGAGAGCCUUGUCGUAAGAGACGAAAUGAAAACUGCCCUCAUUUAUGUACCAUAUUAUGCCAUCCUGGUCCUUGCCCUCCGUGCUCAUCAAAUGCUCUCCGGAAGUGUGUCUGUGGGAAAAAAAGUCAAGUGACAAAAUGUGGCCAGAGUGUGUGUUUCCAAUGCACAGAGCCGUGUGGUAAACUAUUGGAGUGUAAAAAGCAUUCUUGCCAAAAAGUAUGUCAUGCAGGCAGCUGUCCAGAAUGUGAAGUGAUCCUAAAACAAAAAUGCUAUGGUGGACACACAGAAAAGUAUCUUGCUUGCCAGGAGAAUUCCACUGAAGAUGCAUCAGAAUUCAGCUGUGGACAAGAGUGUAAAAAAUUGCUCUCUUGUGGUAACCAUGAGUGUCAGGAAUUAUGUCACAUUGGAGACUGCUCUGAUUGUCCCUUGUUACCAUCUAAUGUCACCCACUGUCCCUGUGGACAAACACCACUUGCUGAUCAAUCUAGAACUCUAUGCACUGAUCCAGUUGCUACCUGUGAUAAAAUCUGCAGCAAACCUUUACCAUGUGGUCCUGCAGAUAACCAUCAUGUUUGUCAACAAAAAUGCCAUAAUGGACCGUGCGGCCCUUGCAAGGAAGUUACAUAUGUACGAUGCCGUUGCAAAAUCUUUGAGAAAGAUUUCCCAUGUGCUGAGGCACUUAAGUUCAAUGAGGAAAAUCCUUUUCUAUGUGAAAAACGUUGCAAUAAAAAAAGAAACUGUGGCAAACACAAAUGUUCACAGCCAUGUUGUGUGCGAACUGUGCAUGAUUGUGAACGCGAAUGUCGCAACUUGCUCACUUGUGGACUCCAUAGAUGUGAGCGCCCUUGUCACCGUGGUAACUGUCCUCCAUGUUUGUUAGCCAGUUUUGAAGAGUUGACUUGCUACUGUGGCGCUGAAGUAAUCCAUCCUCCGGUACCUUGUGGCACCAAACCUCCAGAGUGCUCAAAACUUUGUACUAAACCUCAUGCUUGUGACCAUCCAGUUCACCACAAAUGUAAUAGUGAUGAUCAGUGUCCACCUUGUACAGUCCUCACCUCAAAGUUGUGUAUGGGCGGUCAUGAACUACGUCGAAAUAUUCAUUGUCAUAUUAAUGAUGUCUCAUGUGGAAUGCCUUGCAAUAAAGCUCUUCCAUGUGUUCAACACAGAUGUAAAAAGACUUGCCAUAAAGGACCAUGCCAAGCAGAAGGUGAAUCAUGCAAUCAGCCUUGCCAGAAUGUACGGCCUGCCUGUGGUCAUCCUUGUAAUGUGCCCUGCCAUCCAGGCUCAGAAUGCCCAAGAGUGGCAUGCAAAUCACAGAUAUCAGUAAAAUGUCCUUGUGGAUAUCGCUCUGCCAGCAUCCAGUGCCUUUUAGGAGAUGACAAUAUCACCACAGAAUUUUCUAAAAUUACUCUGGAUGAUCUGAAGAAUAUGUCACUUGGAAAUGAUGUCGACAUUACCAAAUUUGGGCGAGGAGCCAAAUCUGGACGGAGACAGCUUGAUUGUAAUGAGGAAUGCAGCAUUCGAGAGAGGAACCGGCGCAUGGCUUUGGCUCUGGAAAUCAAAAAUCCAGAUCUCUCUUCCAAAUUGGGUAAUCCUCCCUAUUCACAGUUCUUAAAAGAUUUUGCUAAGCAACAUUCACAAGUUGUUACUUCAAUUGAAAAAUCGUUGUCAGACUUGGUCCAGAGUACAAAGCAGACAAAACAAAACUAUAAAAGUCACUCAUUUCCUCCAAUGAAUAAAGAACAACGUAAAGUUGUUCAUGAACUUGCUGAGCAUUAUGGCUGCCAAACUGAGGCUUAUGACAUGGAGCCUAAUCGCAAUGUUGUUGCCAUUGCACGAAAAGAUAAAUGUUGGCUGCCAAGUGUAACACUGACUGCAAUGCUGCAAAAGGAUCGCAAAGUUCCACUCCCGAUUACACAUCUGCUUGACGAUAAUGAAAGACGAGCAACAUCUUCAAAACAGGGCUGUGUUGUAUUGAACAAGAUGUCUCGUAAUUCUACUACUAAUGCUACUACCACCGUUACUACAGCUGCUGCUCCUCCGGCCAAACCUGCAGACAAACCUAUUAUUGAUUAUUUUGAUAUGAGCUGA